AUGACCGAGAGCAAGGAGAAGUAUGUCGAGACGGACGUCGAGGCGGUUGACUACAACGACUCGGAGGCAAACGUCUCCAUGUCGCCCGCUGAGCCGGGGUUGCAGCGGAAGAUGAAAAACAGGCACAUUUCCAUGAUUAGGUGCGUCGGCUUGUCGUUGAGCGUGAUCGGUACCGGUCUCUUCCUCGGCACCGCAUCCUCAUUGGAGAAUGGUGGACCGGUUGGUCUCCUGCUGGGCUACCUCACGAUCGGCUCGUUGUGCUAUUGCACAAUGAUUUCCCUCGGGGAGAUGGCGGCCUUCUUGCCUAUUCCCGGUGGUCACAUCACCUUCGCGGAACGCUUUGUCGAUCCCGCGUGGUCAUUCGCACUCGGCUGGCUGUAUUGGUACAACUGGACGAUCGUCUUGCCAGCGGAGCUAAGCGCUGCAUCCGUUCUCAUUGGAUACUGGGACAGCUCAGUAAACGUAGCAGCAUGGAUCACGAUGUGCCUUGGCGUCGUCAUCCUGCUCAAUAUGUUCGGGCCUGGCAUCUAUGGCGAAGCCGAGUUCAUCUUCGCGUCCAUCAAGGUGUUGACGAUCACGGGCCUCAUCAUCCUCGGCAUCGUGCUUGACCUCGGUGGUGGGCCAAACCACGAUCGCAUCGGGUUCCGCUACUGGAAGCACCCAGGGCCGUUCGCGCAGUUCGGGGGCAUCGGCGGUGCGAAGGGCCGCUUCCUCGCCUGGUGGGCGGUCAUGACGCAGGCUGCGUUUAGCUUCAUCGGCACAGAAGUCGUCGCGAUAGCGGGCGCGGAGGCGAAGAACCCACGGCGCAACAUCCCGCGGGCGAUUCGGAACGUGUACAUCCGGAUCUUGCUCUUCUACAUUGGCGGCGUGACUAUUAUUGGACUGCUCGUUCCGUACACGAAUCCAAAUCUCAACCUCGCGGACGGAACUGCAGCGGCGUCGCCCUUCGUGAUUGCUAUUGAGAUCGCGGGAAUUAAGGGUCUGCCAUCGCUCAUCAAUGCGUGCGUUCUCACGUCUGCAUGGUCGGCAGGGAACAGCGAUUUGUAUUGCAGCUCCCGCGCACUUUACAGCUUGGCAAUCCAUGGCAACGCUCCGCGGAUUUUCACCAAGGUGAACAAGCGUGGUGUCCCAUGGGCCGCCUUCAUCUUGAAUGCCGUCCUGGGUUGUCUCGCGUACAUGGAUGUCGGAAGCGGUAGUGGCAAGGUCUUCGGCUGGCUUGCGAAUAUGACGGCCAUUGCUGGCCUGUCGAGUUGGUUCGCCAUCUCUGUGACGUACCUCCGCUUCCGCCAGGGUCUCAAGGUGCAGGGUAUCGACCGCAAAUCGCUGCCAUACCAGUCACCAUUCCAGCCCUUCGCCGCGUGGUAUGCGGCAAUCCUAUGUUUCAUCGUUUGUCUGCUCAGUGGUUGGUCGGUUUUCCUGAAGGAUAGCUGGAACACAGCGACGUUCGUGACCAACUACUUGCCCAUGGCAAUUUUCCCCGCGCUGUACGUUGCCCGACGACUCUGGUCGCGCGUGGCGUUCGUCCGGCCAGAGGACAUGGACUUGAAAACGGGCCUCGCAGAGGCGAUCGCUGCAUCGUACGAUGAACCCCCGCCACGCAAUUGGGUGGAGCGCAUAUGGCAAUCCGUGAUGUGAGCCGAUCGACAAAACGUUCGCUUGUUAUGUAUCAUAGACGUGUACGAGGUCGUGUAAGAUAAUAUAUACAUACCUAUCU